AUGGCAUUGAAGAGGCACAAUGUCGACUCUCAUUCAUCUGGCGUUCACAAUGGUUGGAGCUGGUCAGGAGCUAUGCUUGUUCAACGCCGACCUUCAAGCUCUGGAUCGGACAGCAAGAAGAGGAAACGAGACGAUGGCCAUCCAUACCUCGAGGGCAACUUUGCACCGAUAACACGGACGCUGCCGUUGACGCCGUGUGACUUCUCGGGCUGCAUACCAGAGGAGCUUCAUGGUGGCGAGUACGUCCGCAAUGGGGGCAAUCCGGUCUCGAACGAAGACCUGGGCCGAGAUGCUCACUUCUUUGAUGGCGAUGGCAUGAUCGCAGGAGUCUCAUUCACCAAGACAGCCACCGGUAUGAGGCCAGAAUUCGUCAACCAAUACAUUUUGACUGAUGUAUAUCUUUCCACAAUCUCAUCGCCUUCAUUACGAAGACCGAUCCUGCCAAGCAUAGCAACGCUUGUCAAUCCACUCGCUACAUUAUAUCUCAUCACUGUAACCAUAAUCAGAACGCUGAUAUUGGUGUUCCUGUCACACCUGCCGGGUCAUCACAAGCAAUCAAACGGAUAUCCGUCGCCAAUACUGCAGUCGUCUUUCACGACGGGCGUGCGCUUGGAGACGGUCGGAUGGUAUAAUGGCAAGAAAGUGGAAGGAGAGGCAGGCGGUGAAGAAGGGUCCGGCUUUGGAGGCGACGGCGUGCUUAGCUUCCUGAAGGAAUAUACAACGGCGCAUCCCAGAGUAGACCCCAGGACCGGCGAAAUGAUUCUCUUCCAUUCGACCUUCGCCCCACCUUAUGUCCACUACUCAAUCGUCCCGGCGACUCACCCAGCUGCCGUUCCAACCACACCUCUCGAGACACCUGUUCGCCUUCUCAACGCCAAGCGGACCUCAGUCAUCAUGGAUCUGCCACUCAGCUUAGAUCCAACGAACAUGCUUGUCAACAAGCCUGUUGUUUCCUACGACCCGCACAAAACCGCCCGAUUUGGCGUCUUCCCACGGCACGACCCUUCACUUGUCCGCUGGUUUGAGACCAAAGCUUGCUGCAUCUUUCACACGGCCAAUACGUGGGAAGACAUCUCAAUCUCCAAGAAUACGGGCGAGAUCCAGAUUCAUGCCGUGAACAUGCUCGCCUGCCGGCUUAUGUCCGCCUCUAUGGUCUUCACCGCUGGGAAUCUUCCCAUUCCCGAGCCUGUCACGGGGCUCAGCUUGGAGGAUGAGCAGUGUCGGCUCUACUACUACCAAUUCGACAUGACCUCGCCGUCGACGCAGAACAAAAUCACUCACCAGUUCGCGCUUUCCACCAUAAAUUUUGAGUUCCCAUCUACACGGGACGAUGUCGCUAUGAGCGAAUGCAAGUACGUCUAUGGCUGCUCGACAUCGAUUGGCGGCUUCAGCGCAGCGCUGGGCAAGGCUGCCAAGAUUGACUGCUUAGCGAAGAUUAAUGCUCAAGAACUCAUUCGGCGUGGAAAGAAGGAUCCGACUGUGCAACCUGUUACUGGUGUCGCAGACACACGCUCGGUGCAGCAGAUUCUUGAUUCCACAGAUCCAAAUGACCCAGUCAAGAUGUUCCAACUACCAUACGGGCACUAUGCCCAGGAACCGCGGUUUGUGCCAAGAGCAAAUUCAGUUGAUGAAGACGAUGGGUGGCUCCUUACGUACGUGUUCGACGAGCUCACUGGGCUGGACGAGAACGGUGACGUGAAGCCAGACGCCAGGUCAGAGCUUUGGAUUAUUGAUGCUCGAGAUAUGAAGACUGUGGUCGGAAAGGUCAUUCUACCACAGCGUGUACCGUAUGGACUUCACGGUGUGUGGGUCGGCGAGGAGCAGAUCAGAAGUCAGCGUCCUGUGGAGAGCAUAAGGACGAUCAAGGAGCAGUCAUUGGUAGGCAAGGAUAGCUGGUGGAUGCAGAGUCGGCGAUGGGUUGAGAACCAAUUAGGAUAG